AUUUAUCUCCAUUUUCCACCAUUCCAUUUCUUCCAGAGGUUUAUCUCAGGUUUUUUCUCUCCAUUCUCUCUCUUCAUUCUCCCUUUCACACACUUUCUCUAAUUCUUCAACAAAAUUACAACUACCAACUUUCAAUAAUGUCUUCAACAGCUACUUUUUCUGCUAUACCACAAGUUCAAAUUCAAAAACAAUGGAGAAAACCAUUAAAAUCCCACAAAAACUCUACUCAAAGAACACAUUUUUCUCUAUUUAUCCCACUUUCUAACAAACAUUUACGCAUUCCCAUGUUUACAGAAUCUCCAUUAUCUUCUUCUUUCCCUUCUACUCUAUCUUCACCUUGUUUAAACCCAAAAUUGGACAAAAACAGCUUUUUUCAACCUUCACUUCAAUCAUCCCAGGUUAUUCUGGAUUCUCCUGAAGAAGAUUUAGCAGAAAAAAUUGAUGAGAAGUUUAGAAAUUCUGAGAAAAUUAAGAGUGAAAUUCAAUUAAAAGGUAGAAUUUUUAUGCAAGAUCCUCCUUGGGUGAAUACCCUUUUUAUGAAAGGUUUUUCUGAGACUAGUAAUGGGUUGAGGUUAGAAUUUAAGGAAAUUGAGAGAGAAAAGUAUAAUUUGUUGAGGAGAAGACAGAUUAAAGCUGAAACUGAGGCUUGGGAGAAUAUGGUGGAAGAAUAUAGGGAGUUUGUGAGAGAAAUGAGGGAGAAGAAAUUGGCACCUAAUUUGCCACAAGUUAAGGCUUUGUUUUUAGGUUGGUUUGAGCCAUUGAAGAAAGCAAUUGAGAAGGAGCAGAAGUUGCAAAGGUCUAGGAAGCAAAAAGCUAUUUAUGGGUAUCAUAUUGAUAUGUUGCCUGCUGAUAAGAUGGCUGUUAUUGUGAUGCAUAAGAUGAUGGCUUUGCUUAUGGUUGGGAAUGAAGCCGGGUGCGUUCGGCUUGUUCAAGCUGCUCUUCAGAUUGGUUCUGCAAUUGAACAGGAGAUAAAAAUUCACAGUUUCUUGGAGAAAACCAAGAAUAUACGGAAAAAUGCCAGUGACAUGCCAGAGGAUUUAUUAAAGGAAAAGGAGAUUCAGCGGAAUCGUGUGAAGAGUUUAGUCAAGAGGAAAAGACUGUUUGAGGCAGCAAAGCUGGUGACAACUGAAGAUACGAAGUCAUGGAGUCAAGAAACUCAAGCUAAGCUGGGUAGUCGUCUGAUAGAGUUGCUUAUAGAUACAGCUUAUAUUCAGAUUCCAACUACUCAAUCAGCUGACAGUCCCCCUGAUGUACGACCUGCUUUUAGGCACAAAUUCAAAAUUUUGAACAAUGAUCAAGGACAGCAAGUGGUGAAAAGAUAUGGAGUUAUAGAAUGUGAUCCGCUUGUUCUGAAAGGGAUUGAUAGGAGUGCUCGGUACAUGGUCAUUCCUUAUGUCCCAAUGUUGAUACCUCCGAAGAAUUGGAGAGGGUAUGACAAAGGUGGCUACUUGUUCCUACCUUCUUAUGUUAUGCGUACACAUGGAUCAAGAAAGCAACAGGAUGCAAUGAGGAAAACUCCACCGCAGCAGAUGCAGAAAGUGUUUGAGGCCUUGAAUACACUUGGAAACACAAAAUGGAGAAUCAACAGAAAGGUUCUUAGUGUGGUGGAAAGCUUAUGGGCUAGUGGGGGCAACAUUGGUGGUCUUGUUAAUUGUGAGGAUGUUCCAUUGCCUGAAAAGCCACUGACAGAGGAUCCAGCAGAACUUGAUACAUGGAAGUGGAGUGUGAGGAAAGCAAAGAAAAUCAAUAGAGAGAGACAUGCUUUACGAUGUGACGUUGAACUUAAACUCUCCGUUGCUCAGAAGAUGAGAGAUGAGGAAGGAUUUUAUUAUCCUCAUAAUCUUGAUUUCCGUGGCCGAGCUUAUCCCAUGCACCCACAUCUAAAUCAUUUAAGUUCUGAUCUGUGCCGAGGCGUGCUUGAGUUUGCUGAAGGACGGCCUUUGGGAAAAUCUGGACUACAGUGGCUGAAGAUACACUUAGCAAAUGUGUAUGCUGGUGGUGUCGACAAGCUUUCAUAUGAGGCUCGUGAAGCUUUUGUGGAAAAUCAUCUGGCUCAAAUAUUUGACUCAGCAAGCAAUCCUAUCUAUGGUAAUCGAUGGUGGUUGACUGCCGAAGAUCCUUUUCAAUGCUUAGCUGCUUGUAUUGAUCUAUCAGGAGCUCUGAACAGUUCAUCACCGUAUACUUUUAUCUCCAAUCUUCCAAUUCAUCAGGAUGGUUCAUGCAAUGGCCUACAGCAUUAUGCUGCUUUGGGAAGAGAUAGUAAGGAAGCAGCGGCAGUAAACUUAGUGGCUGGGGAAAAGCCUGCUGAUGUAUACUCAGAAAUCGCUGCAAGGGUUCGUGAAAUCAUGGAAAAGGAUAGCAGAAAAGACCCUGAAACAGACCCAAAUGCUGUAUUAGCUAAAGUCUUAGUCGAUCAGGUGGACCGUAAACUGGUGAAGCAGACUGUAAUGACUUCUGUUUAUGGUGUUACAUUUGUUGGGGCAAGGGAGCAAAUUAAGAGGAGGUUAGAGGAGAAGGGUGUUAUCACAGAUGACAGACUGCUUUUUUCUGCAGCCUGCUAUUCUGCUAAGGUAACUAUGUCUGCCCUCGGUCAGUUAUUUCAAGCUGCACGUGGUAUCAUGGAUUGGCUUGGUGAUUGUGCUAAGGUUGUUGCUUCUGAAAAUCAACCUGUUCGCUGGACCACUCCUCUUGGUUUGCCAGUAGUACAGCCAUACUGUAAAAGUAAAAGACAUCUUAUAAAAACAUCUCUUCAGGUUUUGGCCUUGCAACAAGAAGGUGAAGGGAUUGAAGUGAAAAAACAACGGACUGCUUUUCCUCCAAACUAUGUUCACUCACUUGAUGGCACUCAUAUGAUGAUGACUGCUGUGGCAUGCAGAGAUGCCGGUUUACAGUUUGCAGGAGUGCAUGAUUCAUUUUGGACGCAUGCAUGUGAUGUGGAAAAGAUGAAUCAAAUUCUUCGCGAAAAGUUUGUAGAGCUGUAUGAUAUGCCGAUUCUAGAAAAUUUGCUUGAGAGCUUCCAGGCAUCAUAUCCAAAAUCAACCUUCCCACCACUUCCAGAACGAGGGACCUUUGACUUGGAAGAAGUCCUUGAAUCACCGUACUUCUUCAACUGAAAUUUGAACAUAACAAUAUGCAAUCUGAAAAGCAAAUUCUGUUUGGCCCCCAGAAGAUUGUUCUGCAACGAACGUUGGACGUCAUGUUCAGGUUCAUUGCUGACCGAGCUAAGGACGCGCUAACCCAGAAGUUCUUUCAUGGUAAUGCUUUUUUGGCCUUUUGAUGGGUAUAUAAAGCUAACUGAAUCUGGUGAGAAGCUCAAACACGGACAUAUCACUUGAUCGGACAAUGGUGUUUUAUACCAUUUCCCUUAUAGAGAACUGCUAUUGCAAUAUAGGAAGAACCGGCCUGGUUGUCAUGAGAGCUCCUGGAAAUGUUGCUGCUUAUUUCCAUCUCCUUUUUAUGAUGUGGAAGCUGCUUGAAGAAGCCUCAUAGGCAGCCAGUGACUAUACUCAGAUGACUUGUGUCUAUUUUUGUUGUGAAGAGCUUGUAAAUAGGUGGUAACCUUAUGUUUUACUUCUAUCUCAUUGUUGUAUGAACCAAAAAGGUAGAAGAGAUUUUGUACCAGGCAGCAAGACACCAAAGUAUUCAUUGUUUUGUAUAUUGUAAAAAUUCAGUCAGUAUAUAAUAUAGAAAAUUUCUUAUCUUCUCUCAA